AUGCCUUCAUCAAUCAUUACUCAAUCAAUCAUCACUCAUACAUUCGCACUUCACCUUGGCCUUCCAUCAAUUCCGAACGAACCUUUGCAGCUCGCCGACAAAUUCCACACGUGGACGACCACCUUCGCACGACCGACUCAUCUUCGCACGGCCACCUGCGCACGACCACCACCGCACGACCACCAUCGCACCACCUGUUCGGACGACAAAGCCCACGCUUCCUUACCAAUGCUGCUCUUCGAGAAGCAAGACACCUCCUCGCGAACUCUCGCUCAUGGACACUUGUUCCGGGAGGUUGUCAAGCCGCUCAUUAUCGCUCUCUUCCUCGAUCCCGUCCAGACUUUUCGCACGUACGCCUACUACGCCGCUCCGUGUCGACCACCUGAUCCGGCCUUCACCAACGACGAAACGAAGAGCAGGGUUGCACCACUACAUGAUUGUACUUGA